AUGGAUCCUCGAGGCCUCCCAAAUGAUUUCAUGUUCCAGCGUCUUGUCAAUAUCGCCAACAAUCAUGUCAAACGUGAUUAUAUCACACUGAUUGACUAUCAGGCGGAUUGCUAUGCCAACCAUGCAAAGCUGCUAGCUGAUGUCCUCGAGCUUCAGUCUAUCCUUUUCAGAAAGCUCUCUCGCGGGUCGCGAAAAGCAUUAAACUCCGCUGAACAUGUUGUUAUUCUGCUGUCUGCACCGGCAGGAUAUGAAUGGCUGGUCUCAUUUUUGACCAUACUGUCGUUAGGAGCAGUGGUCUCCCCCUUAUCGACGGAGAUCAAAGAAGCUGAAAUGGCGGAGCUCUCAAAAGAGACAAAUGCCGCUGCAAUCAUUUUAGGAAGUCUUUCACCUUUGAAUGCCAACAAACUGGCAAGUUCUUUGGAAUGUCCAGUUGUAGCUGUCAACGAGUGGCUCCUAGCGCAACCCUCUACACCACCAAAACAAUUCCAGACCAAUCAUAAGCAUGUCUUAGACGAGGAGUCCGCCGGAUACUUGCUCUUUACCAGUGGCAGUACUUCGAGACCCAAAGGGGUUCUCCAUUCACGGAACACUUUUACAACAGUUCUCAGUGGCCUAAUUAGCACUGGUAUUCUGAGUGAGCAAGACACUAAGAUUUACACUUUCGCGUCGAAUUUGGCAUCGGGCAUUGUAUAUUGUCUUUAUACCUUGCUAGCUGGGGCGAAGAUCGAAUUCUCUGCCGGGGUCUGGAGCCCAGAAUGGAUGUGGGAAAGGAUCCGGGAGGGACGAGCGACUGUUGUUGUUGACCAGCCUUCUCGCUACAAGGAGAUGGCUGAUUUUUAUUGGAAUGAGUUGUCAUUUCGUUCGGAGCAAGAGAAGAACGCAUACUUGAAUGGGUUGCGACACUUCCGCUGGCCCGCAGUGAGUGGUUCACAACCUACUGAGGCAUUCAGAGCAGGCUGGAACUCUAUUCCCGGCGCCACGCAUCUUAUCAACAGUUAUGGAAUGACCGAGGUUUCGGGCAUCACUGGGUUACCCCCAACUGGUGAGGACCCUUCCGAUAAAUGCACUGGUUAUCUGCUCCCAGGUGUCGAGGCAAAUCUCGAAGACGGCGAGUUGGGGGAGCUGUUAGUUCGCACUCCAAACAUGUUUAUGGGCUAUUUCAACCGGCCCGAUCUUACCAAAAUGGCUUUUGACGAGAAUGGAUUCUUUCGGACUGGUGAUUUCUUCGAGCGAAGGGGUACGAAAUAUUAUUUCCAUGGGAGAGUAAGCGUGGAUGUGAUCAACAUUCAAGGGCGGCUGGUCUUUGCGGCAGACGUGGAAGCACAGAUGUUGUCCCUACCAUAUGUCCAAGACGUCUAUGUGGUUCCUAUAUCGCAAAUGGGAACAUCAGAGAAGAUGGUAGCCGCCAUAAUUCGCCCAUCUGUUGGGACGGCUUCAAAUUUCCACGUCACAGUUGAUCAACUUCGUCGUGACUUGAAGGGUUUGGGAUUGGAGGAAUAUCAGAUCCCAGUCGCUAUUCAGCUCACUGAUCCAGACAGAUAUUUGCCAAUGGGCACUGGUGGCGAAAAGGGGAAGGCGCAGGCGAUAAAGAAGUAUUUCCCCGGUGAAUGGGAGCCGUCGUUGGAACGCGAGAAAGCGUGA